AUGAAGAUCUCACAACUUGCUCUUCUUCUCCUGCCAGUAUGGGCUCUAGCCUACACCGAAGCCGACUACGAUAGCGGCAAGGUCCAUCAGAUGAUCAUGGAUCGCAAACAUGUAUGUUCGCACCAAAGUCUGGAGCAGACUCGGACUAACCAAUGUUCAGNNGCAUCCUGGGAGAAGCACAGAAAGGGAGGUGAAUACAACAGCAAGAAAUGGAAAUCUUUCUUGAAGCACCACAAGGACAAGGACGUCAUCAAAUGCAACCCAAAGGGCCUCGCAGUUGUCGAGCCAGGCAACCCUGCAGAGACUUUCAGAUGCAAGAAUGUGAGUCGCAGCUGGAAAUCCCGAUCUCGAGCACGACUGACAUGGCCAGNNAUUGAUUACUACGACUUCAAAAGCCAUGCUGAUCUUGGUUCGUUCGCUGGAGAAGGUUCUUCUUCUUGGGGAUGGGUUUCUCCUGAUGGUCGCGAAUUCGUUGCUAUCGGGCAGGCAGACGGUACUGCCUUUGCCGAGAUCAACAAGCAUGGCAAACUCGUGUAUCUCGGGCGCCUCCCUCAGCAGUCCGUCUUCUCAGUGUGGAGAGAGAUCCGAUCGUACAAACAUUACAUGGUCAUCGGCUCUGAGGCUCGCAACCAUGGCAUCCAGUUCUUUGACAUGAACAAACUGCUCGAUAUCGAUCCAAGAAACCCGAAGAACUUCAGCAUCACUGCAGAUGUUACUGGACUGUUCACUGACCUUCCUGUCGGUCGUACUCACAAUGUAGUUGUCAACGAGGAACUUGGAUAUGCAGUCUCUGUCGGUGCUCAACCUCGCAACAGUACUUGCCGAGCUGGCCUCAUCUUCAUCGACGUCAGUGAUAUUACCAAGCCUGUUUCUCCUGGCUGCGCGGGUCAAGACGGCUACGUCCACGACGCCGAAUGUCUUGUCUAUCGUGGUCCUGACAAGCGCUACUAUGGUCGCGAUAUUUGCUACGGCUACAACGAAGAUACUCUCACCAUCUAUGAUGUGACUGACAAGACUGGUGUUAACGCUUCGAAGAUCAUUUCUCGCACUCCGUAUGUCGGCGCUACAUACACACAUCAAGGUGCUGUUCUCGACCGCAACUGGCAAGAGUACCUUGUGCUCGAUGACGAACUCGACGAAGAAGAUCGCGUUGGUCCGGCAGCUGAACAAUAUCCUGUGACCUACAUCUUCGACAUUCGCGACCUGGAAAAGCCAGUCAACACAGGUCACUACAAGUCCAAGCAAAAGGCCAUCGAUCACAACCAGUACGUCCAUGAUGGUCUUGUGUUUCAAUCAAACUAUGCUGCCGGUCUUCGUGUGUACGAUGUCAGUGGGAUUCCCGCCGACCCGACUGGUAGUAACGUUGAGGAAGUCGCGUACUUCGACAUCUACCCGGAGGAUGAUGCGACGGAUGGUCUGGUCGACUUUGUGGGCACAUGGAGUCACUACGCUGGGUUCCCUUCUGGCUACAUCAUGGUCAACACGAUUGAGAGAGGUGUUUUCAUCCUGAAGAUGAAUAAGUUUGGCAAGAAGGGUCAUGGCAAGUGGUGGAAUAAGCCACGAAAGGGCUUGUAA